CUCCUCAAAAUCAACACCCUCAACCCCUUUCCUCUCUCUCUCUCUACCUCUCUCUCUCCCUCCUCCCACCACCAAUCAUUUCUGUAAUCGAGCGUCGAGCUGCAUGAUUUGACUUCGCUGCGCCUCUGCAAUUACGCACGUUUUGGAUAGAUGGGAAUGUCAGUAAACAACGCAGCGAAGGCUGACUCGGGCUCGUCUCUCCCUCUCAUCCGCUACAAGUUGUGAGCAUUUGUGUGUUUGGAUGCGCUUGAGAGCGGGGAGAGAAGGCGAUCUGUCUGUGUGUUGUUUAUCAAAAAUGACUCGAAAUGGCUGUAGCCUCGGAUCGGCGUUCACGACUGCACGAGCGACAAACGAAACCAGCUGAGAUAGUGAAAGUGAAUGCCCAGUCUUCUUAAUGCAAGUCUUAGUGACGUUGGGUGGCCAUGGACCCAUUCAGCCAGCUCAUCCUCACCAUCUCGGUGACAAGUUUCUUCAGUUUCCAGUGGCUUUUCCACAAAGUCAGCCCCUGGAUGUCUCUGCGCAUCAGCCCAGGAUUCAUCAACCUCACUGACAAGCAGAAGGUGGAAUGGAACUCAAGGACAGUGUCGACGUUCCAUGCGUUGUUAGUCGGACUGUUCUGUCUCUACAUUUUAUUCUUUGAUGAUGCUGUCAAUGAAGACCCAGUCUGGGGAGAUCCUACAUUAGUGAAGACUAAUGUUGCCAUUACAACUGGCUACCUCAUUUCUGAUCUGCUGCUAAUAUUUUACUAUUGGAAGGCGAUAGGCGACAAGUUUUUUGUAGUUCACCAUCUGGCAGCAUUGUAUGCUUACUACUAUGUACUGGGUCAAGGGAUGUUGCCUUAUUUUGCUAACUUCCGCCUGUUAGCAGAAUUCUCCACCCCUUGUGUUAACCAGCGUUGGUUCUUUGAGGUCCUAGGAUAUCCCAAGUCCUCUCGACCAAAUAUGGCAAAUGGCGUUGCUAUGGCAGUGGUCUUUUUCAUGGUCCGUAUCGCUGUCAUCCCGGUGUACUACAGUCGUAUGUACGCUGUGUAUGGCACACAGGCCUAUUACUUGGUGCCGUGGGGUGGGCGUGUGGCCUGGAUUGGCUCCAGUAUCUGUUUGGACAUUAUGAACGUCAUGUGGAUGCACAAAAUAGCACGGGGCUGCUACAAGGUUCUCCGGUCAGCACGGAAAAAUAAAGUAGAUACAUUGCAGGAAAAUGGAAAAUCGGAUUAAUAGAAUGAGUUGAACUUAAGAAUGUAAAAGGAGGAUGAGGGAAGUCUCAUACAUGUAUGUCACAAAGGACACAGUUUGACAUGUAUGUGAAUGGACCACCAACCCGGCCACCCAUAAGCCAUGAAACAACCUCUUAGCAAUACUCUGCAUGGCCAGCUUGUUUCAUGAGAACACUUAGCAGGAGGUUGUACACAGACUAUGGACUAAUUUACCCAGAACACACAAAUUGUCAAAAAGUUUACGGUUCUUAUUAGUGUUCCUUUUAAUAUAUUUAGAGAAACUUUUAAUGUCUGCUUUUCUAAUGUCAUCAUGACUUGUCCAUGUCCACAGGUGUGUGGGGGGCUUCCCAACACUCAAUGGAGAACUUAAUGUUGAUGCAGCAAUCACAGUGAUCCUUGAAAAAGACUGGUUAGUGCCAUGAAAUACUUUUAUUUUGUGGGAUAAUUUUGCCUUUUUUUUUUCCCAAUUCAAUUUUAAGCUUUGCAUUAAUUUAUUACAUGGUCUAAGUAGUGUGUUCCAGAUUAGUGAGCUCCGUGAAUAUCACAUUCAGGACAAUGAUAACUAUAAUAUUUUAUCUGAAUCUUUUGUAUGAUUUUUGUCUUGCUGGGAUCAAGGCAUUCAUACAUUUAUUUAACAUGGAGAUUUUAGACAUUGCAAUAAUGUAUUUUCCUAAAAUCCUCCUAUUGUGGAACUGAAUGAGUUGUUAGUGCUAAGUAAAUGGACCUCAACAAUUCAGCACUUCGAAAAUCCAGAUGCAAAUUUCUAUUAUCAUUAUUAUUAUUGAUAUAUGAGAAGGUUUAUGACAAAUAUGAAUGAGAAUUUUGUUUCCAGAACCUCGUGGUGGGCGGUCACAGUUGAGCUCUAUUGAACUAUGCCCAGUGUAAUACACAAGAGACUCUACUCGCAUACUAGCAUUUUCUAAAUGCAGACAUCUGUUUUCAAAAAUAGUAGAAGCAAGGAGAAAAGAGGGUACAGAUUAUUCCCUUCUUAAAUUAAAUAUAUUUUGCCAAAGUUUGGUUUUCACAUACAUUACAAUAGCCCUCGUUACAAUGUUAAACACAGCUGAUUUCCCUAAUUCAUGCUGUACAUGAACUGCUUUUGUGAAAUGUUCUCAAGAAAAAAAAGGAUUGCACAUUUUCUUGACAUGGUUUUUGCAUAUUGAUUAGUUGCCUUUUUGACAGUGAAUAUUUUUGUCACUCCUGUUUCUGUGCUUUAUCCACGGGCCUUUGCCUGUCCAAUGUGAUUAUCUGUCAUAGCCUUUGUUACUGACAGUUUAAAAUGUAUUAAGUGGAUAUUUACUGUUAUAUGGUUUUGCAAUUUUACAUGUUUGACGUAUUUGUGCCAGUUUUAGUUUUUUAUUAUUAUUUUGACCAUAAUUUUAUACAUCAGUGCCAACCUACCAGAAUCUUGACUUAGCAGUUGUGCAUAGAUUACUACAGUAUGCACGGUGUGGCACAUUGGAAAAGCAGCUUUACUGUUUUUAAAAGGAAUUCAAUUUACAUCAAUAUUUUACUUUGAAAGAAAGAUAGGGUUCAAGGACACUAGGUUGUGCAUGGUCAGUAAGGUCUUCUUCAUGCGCCCUCUAACUGCAUGUUGUAUUGCAUGAGAUUGCACUGUAAAACAAACUAGCAUAUUUUUAUGUUUACUGAUGACUAUGUCAAUAAUAUGAUGUAACCCACAAAUGCUAAUAAUGAUAAUCAAGCAGAUCUUAGUAGAAUAUACAGUACACAAAUAAUCAUUGAAGGGAAUACUUGAAUACUAAUCAGCACAGUUUAAACACAGUGGGCCGUGCAAAUAGACACUCCUCCUCUGGCAUCUUGUGCUCAGUUUCUGUCUAUAAUUUACUUACCCAUUCAAAGUCAAACUAGUGAUGCCUAUAACAGACGCACGGCACUGAUUGUGUUGAGUUUUUGUUUUGAAUGUUGUACUGAUGAGAGAUGAACUGAUAGAUGCUCAGUGACAUUCUAUGAAUGUAUGAAAACAAGAAAAUAUGUGUCAUUUACAUUCUCACUUGUUUUAACAAUAAAGAUUGAAAUAUUGAUGUUUUUAUGAUGA